AUGUCUCGCAUUCUUCGACCCGCAGCUCGCCUCGCUGCUUCGACUCGAGCUAUCCGCACUCCUGUUGCUCCUUCAGCUGCUCAGUCUGCCAUUGCCCGCGCUGCUCUUGCGCGACCCGUUGUUUUUGGUUCCGCCCAGACCCGAUCCUACGCCGACAACAGCUCCGGCGUCAAGGAAUACACCGUCCGAGAUGCGCUCAACGAGGCUCUGGCUGAGGAGCUCGAGCAGAAUGAGAAGGUCUUCAUUCUAGGAGAGGAGGUUGCCCAAUAUAACGGUGCCUACAAGGUAACCAAGGGUCUUCUCGACCGCUUCGGUGACAAGCGUGUCAUUGACACCCCCAUCACCGAGUCUGGUUUCUGUGGUCUCGCUGUUGGUGCUGCCCUUAGUGGUCUUCACCCCGUUUGUGAGUUCAUGACUUUCAACUUCGCCAUGCAGGCCAUCGAUCAGGUUAUCAACUCUGCUGCCAAGACCCUCUACAUGUCCGGUGGUAUCCAGCCCUGCAACAUCACCUUCCGUGGUCCCAACGGUUUCGCUGCUGGUGUCGCCGCUCAGCACUCCCAGGACUACUCUGCCUGGUACGGCAGCAUUCCUGGUCUCAAGGUCGUCUCCCCCUGGAGCGCUGAGGAUGCCAAGGGUCUCCUGAAGGCUGCCAUCCGUGACCCCAACCCUGUCGUUGUUCUCGAGAACGAGUUGAUGUACGGUCAGAGCUUCCCCAUGUCCGAGGCUGCCCAGAAAGACGACUUCGUCAUUCCCUUCGGUAAGGCUAAGAUUGAGCGAUCCGGCAAGGACUUGACCAUCGUUUCCCUGAGCCGAACUGUCGGCCAGUCUCUGGUUGCCGCCGAGAACCUCAAGAAGAAGUACGGUGUUGAGGCCGAGGUCAUCAACCUGCGAUCCAUCAAGCCUCUCGAUGUUGAGACCAUCAUUCAGUCCGUUAAGAAGACCCACCGCCUUCUAUCCGUCGAGUCUGGCUACCCUGCUUUCGGUGUCGGAUCCGAAAUUCUUGCCCUGACAAUGGAGUACGGCUUCGACUACCUCGAUGCUCCCGCUGCCCGAGUCACUGGUGCUGAGGUCCCUACUCCCUAUGCCCAGAAGCUCGAGGAGAUGUCCUUCCCUACCGAGAAGCUGAUUGAGGACUACGCUGCCAAGGUCCUUCGCCUAGAGAUAGGUACCUACGUUAGUUGUUGGAAUCCAAAGGGUAUGGCUGGCAUAGAUUCUCUCCUUGAGAAGGGGACUCAAGAGAUGGGCCAGCGCCAACCUUCCACCCAGGAUCCGGAGGAACUCAAGCGUCAUCUAGAGGAGCUACUCCUCUCACCCUCGCCCGAAUUCUCACCAGAAUGGCUCAACCGUCUUCAGCAGCGAUGGGACUUUGAGGCUGACUACACCUCUCUGUAUAAAGUUGCACCGCCGCACACUCGAACUCUUACUAGAUUUCAGCGUCAUGGACUUGAGGGCCGUGUCACAGGCUACAAAAAUGUCACAGUCCCUGCAAACAGUGCCACGGCCAAGAACUCGACAAGUCUCUCCAGGAAGCCCGCAAAUCGUGCAGAUUUCGUGAGGGGAGCUGCAGGCUUCUUCCCAUUCGCACCUGGUGGUCUUGAAGGUAUUGAGGCGACAGCAGCGUUUGAAGACUCAGUUCACACCGGAGGUAUUGCAGAGCCAAGUAAUACUGGAAACAAACUGGAACGAGUGAUACAGCUGGGUGCCGAAGGGGGCCUGUUAGAGAUCGCUCCCGGAAUGGGCCGAGGAAUUGAUUUUACGAAAAAGAAGACAAGUGUCAGCCAGGAAGAUGCCAACGCUAUCAAGGAGGUGCUUGAAGAAGAUCCCGAAGAAGCGAAGAUGACGCCCGAGGGCGGCAAUGGGAUCUCCCCCGAUACCACUACACCAGAUCUAACCGCCGACUCUGGUGAGGACGGUGAUGAUAUCGACGACAUUUUACCAGUAGAAUUCCCUGCUCUGGAGCCUCAUGGUGUCCUUGCCGCCUCGAGUGCCCGCAAAGCUGGUCGUGAGUGGGCGCAUAUGGUCGACAUCAACCACGACAUGUCCAAUUUCAGAGAUCUUGUACCUGAUAUGGCUAGAGAGUGGCCCUUCGAGCUCGACACAUUUCAAAAGGAAGCUGUAUACCACCUGGAAAAUGGCGACUCGGUCUUUGUUGCAGCGCAUACUUCGGCGGGCAAGACGGUUGUGGCAGAGUACGCGAUUGCACUGGCUUCCAAGCAUAUGACAAAGGCCAUUUACACUUCCCCCAUCAAGGCAUUGAGCAACCAAAAGUUCCGUGAUUUUCGACAGACAUUUGAUGAAGUGGGCAUCCUCACUGGUGAUGUUCAGAUUAACCCUGAGGCUAGUUGCCUAAUCAUGACAACGGAGAUUCUUCGCAGCAUGCUUUACCGAGGGGCUGAUCUUAUUCGAGAUGUCGAGUUCGUUAUAUUCGAUGAAGUUCAUUAUGUGAACGAUUUUGAGCGAGGUGUUGUCUGGGAAGAAGUCAUUAUAAUGUUGCCCGAACACGUGUCACUCAUCCUGCUAUCGGCGACAGUCCCGAACACAAAGGAAUUCGCCUCCUGGGUCGGUCGGACGAAACAGAAGGAUAUCUAUGUUAUCUCUACUCCAAAGAGACCUGUACCCCUUGAGCAUUAUCUUUGGGCCGGGAAAGACAUCCACAAGAUUGUGGAUUCGGAGAAGAAGUUCAUCGAAAAGGGCUGGAAAGAUGCGCACUUUGCGAUUCAGGGAAAGGACAAACAAAAACCAGCAGAAACUACCGUUGCCACGCGUGGAGGCAAUCCUCGGGGCAACCAACGCGGCGGUACACAACGAGGAGGCCCUCAGCGAGGCGGAAGAGGAGGGGGCCAGCAAAGAGGAGGGGCCCAACAGCGUGGCCGCGGAGGACCGCCUCGUGCAAGCCAUGCACCUGGUCAUAUGGGCCGUGGUGGUCGUGCCGGUGGCUUCUCAUCUGUUGCGCAGGAUAAAAAUCUUUGGGUCCAUCUCGUACAAUACCUCAAGAAGCAGACCCUGCUUCCAGCCUGUAUUUUUGUGUUCUCAAAGAAGCGAUGCGAAGAGAACGCGGAUGCUCUUAGCAACCAGGACUUCUGUACAGCGUCUGAGAAAAGCCACAUUCACAUGAUCAUCGAAAAGUCAGUUGCGAGAUUGAAGCCGGACGACAGGCAGCUUCCACAGAUAAUCAGACUGAGGGAACUAUUGAGCCGAGGUAUUGCUGUUCAUCAUGGUGGACUGUUGCCCAUUGUCAAGGAACUGGUCGAGAUUCUGUUUGCUCAGACAUUGGUCAAAGUGUUGUUUGCCACAGAAACGUUCGCCAUGGGCCUCAACCUUCCUACACGCACAGUAGUCUUUUCAGGAUAUCGCAAGCAUGAUGGCCACUCAUUUCGAAACCUACUGCCUGGAGAAUACACUCAGAUGGCCGGUCGAGCUGGUCGUCGUGGUUUGGAUACUGUCGGGUCCGUCAUCAUUGUACCACCAGGAGGCCUGGAUGACGCGCCUCCCGUUGCAGAUCUACGUAAUAUGAUCUUGGGAGAACCUUCAAAGCUACGGUCGCAGUUCCGAUUGACAUAUAAUAUGAUCCUGAACCUCCUCCGGGUAGAGGCGCUGAAGAUUGAAGAGAUGAUCAAGCGCAGUUUCUCUGAGCACGCCACUCAGCAGCUACUUCCCGAGCACGAAAAAGAUGUGAAGCUAGCACAAGCAGAUCUAGCCAAGGUCAAACGAGACUCCUGUGAGAUCUGCGAUGUUUCAAUGGAUCAAUGUCACCAAGCCUCCCAAGACUUCAAGAAACUCACAUUUGACCUUUACAAGGGCCUCUUGGCUAUCCCCAUAGGGCGCAGGAUGUUCUCUCAGCACCGUCUUGUCGUAUUCAACUGGGAUGGCAUUCGCUCCAUCGGUAUUCUUCUGGCUGACGGGAUUAGCAACAAGGGUACAUCAGAAGAUCCGACACUGCAUGUAUGCGCCAUCAAAUCCCUUCGAGAUCGACGUGAUGCCACCGAUCAGCUCCCGUUCGUUCCCACAUUCUGCAAGUACUUCCAUGAGCUUCCGAAGAGCAAAAAGCGUGUACAAACCAAGACCCUCCAUGUUCCACUGAGCGACGUGGAAUGCCUCACAAGAUGGGUGACCAAGGGCAUCGUACCUGAGAUUUUUCAGGGCGGAGAUGGCUACCACCAGGCGAAGGAUCGUCUCCAAGAAUUAUGUGGCUCGUGGGAUGAUAGAUUGGAAGAGUUAGACUUGUCCCGGAUCAAGCAACUGCAGCUACAGGAGAUCGUGGAGAAAAGGAUUGAGUUAGUUAAGACGAUAUCGAAUUCCCCUGCUGAACAAUGCUCGGAGUUCUUGAAGCACUUCGCUAUGUGUCAUGAUGAGUGGCUCAUCAAGGAGCACAUCUCUCAGCUAAAACAGUCUUUAUCGGACCAGAAUCUCCAACUUCUACCCGAUUAUGAACAGCGAGUUCAAGUUCUCAAGGAGCUUGGGUUCAUUGACGACGCCACUCGCAUUCAGCUCAAGGGCAAGGUCGCAUGUGAAAUCCACUCCGGUGAUGAAUUGGUUCUAACUGAGCUUAUUCUCGACAACGUCCUCGCCGAUUAUGAGCCAGCUGAGAUUGCCGCCCUCCUAUCUGCUUUUGUGUUCCAAGAGAAGACAGACAUGGAACCGUCUUUGACUGGCAACCUUGAGCGCGGAAAAGAGACUAUUGUUACCAUUUCUGAAAAGGUCAACGACGUACAAACUCGUUUGCAAGUGAUUCAGUCUGCUGAUGAUUCAAACGACUUCGUAUCUCGGCCACGGUUCGGUCUCAUGGAGGUCGUUUAUGAGUGGGCUCGGGGUAUGAGCUUUAAGAACAUCACAGGCUUGACCGAUGUUCUGGAGGGUACUAUUGUGCGAACGAUCACACGACUAGAUGAGACCUGCCGUGAAGUGAAGAAUGCGGCCAGGAUUGUGGGUGAUCCAGAAUUGUACCAAAAGAUGCAGCAGGCUCAAGAGAUGAUCAAGAGGGAUAUCACAGCAGUGGCAAGUCUUUACAUGUAA